AUGGAGUCUGUGUCAAUCCCUGUACUAGUUAGUGGACUUGUAGAUUGUGUAGCCCAAUUAAUAGGAAUAGCUGAAGAGCUUUUACAAGCAAUUUCACAAGAACAAGUCCCUUGUGUAGAACAAAAUGAUAGAGAGGAGCAGAUAGAAGAAGAUGAAUGUCCUGAGGAAGAUUCCCUACCAGACCUUGCUGAUCUCUCAGACCUAGAAUCAAUACUUACACCAAGAGAUGAUGAUGAGCUAAUCUUUGAUAUAGGUCAAGCUAUGUCAGACAUAGAAGAUUUGUCUGAAGUAUUCUCUGGUAUAAACAGUGAGUUAAAAAGUGGUUAA